AUGACUGACCGAGCAGAGCUCGAGAAGCGGGCGAGAUGCCUCGUCGAGAUGGAUCCCAUGACACAGCAGACAACGCUCUUUGCACCCGACGACGCCGAGACCUCCAUUCAAUUGAAACAGCAGCCCAAGUCCCGCAAAGUCAUUGAAGAGAAGAGCUUUAUCUUUGACAAUUCGUUCUGGAGUCACAAUGUCAAGGACAAGCACUAUGCCCACCAAGCCGACGUGUACAACAGCCUGGGCGAGGAGUUUCUCGACCACAAUUUCGAGGGCUACCACACAUGCAUUUUUGCGUACGGUCAGACCGGGUCUGGAAAGAGUUACACGAUGAUGGGCACGCCAGACCAGCCCGGCCUUAUUCCGCGGACGUGCGAAGACCUUUUCGAACGCAUCGAAGCGGCCCAAAACGAGGACUCCAACGUGGCCUACAAUGUGCGUGUGUCCUAUUUCGAGGUCUACAACGAACACGUCCGUGACUUGCUAGUACCUGUGGUACCCAACAAGCCUCCAAACUACCUCAAGAUCCGCGAGUCGCCGACAGAAGGACCCUAUGUCAAAGACCUGACAGAGGUACCCGUCCGCAACAUUGACGAGAUCUUGCGGUACAUGACCAAUGGCGACUCUUCGAGAACAGUGGCAAGCACCAAGAUGAACGACACCAGUAGUCGCAGUCACGCGGUCUUCACCAUUAUGCUCAAACAGAUUCACCACGACAUGGAGACGGACGAGACGACGGAGCGCAGCUCACGGAUCAGGCUCGUCGACUUGGCGGGUAGCGAGAGGGCAAAAUCAACAGAGGCGACUGGCGCCAGGCUCCGUGAGGGCAGCAACAUCAACAAGUCGCUCACUACUCUUGGACGUGUGAUCGCUGCUCUCGCGGAUUCCAAGACCCUGAGGUCGGGCAAGAGGAAGGAUGUGGUCCCGUACCGUGACUCCAUCCUGACCUGGUUGCUGAAGGACUCACUGGGUGGAAACAGCAAGACUGCCAUGAUUGCUUGUAUUGCUCCUUCGGAUUACGACGAGACACUGUCGACACUGCGAUACGCCGACCAAGCCAAGCGCAUCCGGACCCGAGCUGUCGUCAACCAAGACCAGAUCUCUUCCGCUGAGCGGGAUGCUCAAAUCGCGGCUAUGGCUGAGGAGAUCCGUCUCCUGCAAAUGUCCGUGUCAGACUCGCGCGAGAAGGAGAAGAAUGCACAAAAGGCCGAGGAGCGUCUGGAGGAAUACCAAGAGCGUGUGGCCACCAUGCAACGCAUGAUGGAGGAGCGCAGCAUGGUGUCAGAAAGCAAGAUCAAGAAGCUCCAGACGGAGAACGAGGCUCUGAAGCUGCACCUCAAGUUGGCCAUCGACAGUCUCAAGAACCCUAUCCCUCACUUUGAGGUGAAGGAAGUGGGCGAGGCCGGCAGUGAUGACGGGGAUAAGGAGAAUCAAGACGAGCCGUCAGAUCCAGACGACCUUGACUAUGACUCCGAGAGCACAGCCUACAGCGAAGACGACCUGCAAGAGGAGAUGAGGCGAUAUAUGCAGGACGUGGGCAACCUGAGGAAGCUCAUCGGAGGGGAUCUGACGCGGUUCAGGGACGAGGAGAGCGCCCGGAAGCCGCUUGGCGUGAGAGAGAAUGUUUGA